AUGCAUUUCUCCAAGCUCAUCCUGGCUGUUCUGCCUGCCUUCGCUCUCGCUAACGAGGGUACCACCACUCACACGUCCACCGCCGUCGUUACCAAGACCUACUAUCUCUCCCAGGUACACACAAUCACCGCCACUGGUGUGAGCACCACUGCUGUUGAGACUUCCGUCGAGGUUACUUCCACAGCCCUCGUUGAGGAGACCACCACCUUCUGGCCUGUUACCCAGAACAACACCACUCCCGUCUCUACUCCCAAGGCCUCUAACACAGCUGGUACCACGGGUGGUUCGUCCGAGCCCUCUGAGGUUCCUGGCAACGCCGGAUCUGCCGUCGCCGUCGGCAAGUUCGCUGUGGUCGGUGUUGCUGGUAUGGUUGCCGCUGCUCUUCUGUAA